GCUGCGUGCGGUUUGUGUUUGAUUUGUCUCGAGUUUGUAGGCUUUAUUAUUCAAUUAUUUUUUGUAAAGACUGUUGACUUUCGAAAGUUGUAGUAGCGGACAUAGGAUUAUAAGUAUUAGUUGCUGAAUUAAUAUUCAAAACCCAGUGUCAUUCCAAAGAUGUGCGAAUGGCAUCAUUUGGCCAGGCCAAAAAGUAAAGCCCCCUGUGAUAUAAGCUGGUCGCAAUGGCCAUAAAAAAGCUCCCUGGCCAGUGAAUCCGAGCUUUCGUCCCGUUAGUCGCGCCAUCAGCUGACCUGGAGCAACAACAACCUGUACGGAGGAACAAAGUUUCGCGCUAAAAAUAGUCAAAGUUCAUGGUCAACGUCCUGGAGCGGAGUGGGCAGAUUCAAUCCGUGAUACUCGCAUCCCAAAAUGGCCCUGAUUCGCUGCUGCUUUGAGCCGCCUGAACUCCCAGAGUUCUUCGACAGUUUCGUGCAGAAGUGCACGGAUCCUAGUUGCUGCUGCGGAUGCUGCUCGGCGCUCCGACCGCGCUACAAGCGCCUGGUGGACAACAUAUUUCCGGUGAAUCCGGAAGACGGGCUGGUCAAGUCCAACAUGGAGAAGCUGACCUUCUACUCACUGAGUUCGCCUGACAAGCUCGACCGGAUUGGCGAGUACCUCUACCAGAAGGCCACUAAGGAUAUCAACAGGAAGCGCUACAAGCUGGCCGAAAUCGCCAUGGAAGCCAUGGACCUGCUGCUUCAGGCCUGUCACGCCCAAACCACUCUCAAUCUGUUUGUGGAAUCCUUCCUGCGCAUGGUGCAGAAGCUGCUUGAGGACUCGAACCCCAACCUGAAGAUAAUGGCCACCAAUUCGUUUGUGAAGUUCGCCAACAUCAACGAGGACACUCCGUCCUACCAUCGGCGUUACGACUUCUUCAUUUCGAAGUUCUCUUCGAUGUGCCACAGCGAUGCGGCCAGCAUGCGGGACAGUCUGCGCCUCGCGGGAAUCAAGGGCUUGCAGGGCGUUAUCAGGAAAACAGUGUCCGACGAUCUGGUGGAGAACAUCUGGGCGGCAGAGCACAUGGAGAAGAUUGUGCCCUCGCUCCUUUUCAACAUGCAGUUUUGUGUAAACGUUAUGUUCGUGAAGAAAAAUUUACUGGCGUCCGGGGAUCUAACGCCCGUUGAGGAUGCCACCAAUGUGACGCCGCCGGCCUUGGCCGAGGAAGUACUCCGUGAGCUGGUGGGCCGUGCCUCCUUCGGGCAUAUUCGCAGCGUACUGAAGCCGUUGCUGACCCACCUGGACCGCCAUGAGCUGUGGGUGCCCAACACGUUUGCGAUUCAUACAUUCCGCAUCGUGAUGAUUUCCAUACAGCCGCAGUACUCGUAUACCGUGGUGGAGACCCUGAUGCAGCAUCUGGACAACAACUUCAAGUCGUCUCCCAAGACACGCACCUCGUUGGCAGUCGUUCUGUCAAAGAUUAUCGCCAUAGCAGCGGGCGAGAGUGUCGGGCCCUCCGCUCUGGACAUUAUCAACAACCUGCUGACCCAUCUGCGGACUAGUGUGAGCACUACCAGCGAGAUCACACCCGAGGAGUCGCAGUACCAGGAGGCGCUGAUUAACGCGCUGGGCGAGUUCGCAAACCAUCAUCCCGACUACCAAAAGAUCGAGAUCAUGCUCUUCAUCAUGAACACGGUGCCGGACUUAUCAAAGAAGAGCAAGGGCGACCAGAUGUUGCAGAACAUCCUGCUCAAGUCGCUUCUUAAGGUGGGAACCCAGUACAGCACCGUCUCCUUCGAAAAGGCCUUCCCCGCCUCCUUCCUGCAGCCGUUGCUUAAGAUGGCCCGGGCGCCACAUAAUCCCACUCGCAUGGUUGUGAUGCAGAUUUUGCAGGCUCUGCUCGAUCGGCACCAGAAUGAGCAGGUUCUCAGCAACGUCAGUGUGAAGCCAUACCCGGCGCUCUCCCAGGAGCCGCCAUCGCGUUCUGACAUUAUUUUCACGCACAAAUACGGCGCCAACAUCAUGCAGGCGCUGAUCGAUUCAAUGGCGCUAUCGGAUCGGGUUGACGCCUUGUCCUCCAGUUAUAAUACCGCCGCCCUGCUCAUCGUCGAGAUGUCUUGCAACGAGACCGUGCAGGAAUUUCUUCUGUUUAUUCUGGGAAUCCAGCAGGUGGCCAACACUGUGGACACCUUGGGAAAUGUGCACAAGUGCAGCUUGCACGCCAUCUCCAUCGGCCUGCUGGUGCUCAUCUCGCGGGUAAGUGGCAUCAACAACCUACUGGAGUAUGCUCAAAAGAUUGUGGAUGCACGGCGCGAGGAGGCCACUCACUUCCUACCACCUCUGCUUGAGCCCAAGAAGAUGUCCGGGAAGACCUUGAAUCUGGCGCUGCCCCAUCUCGCCAUAGACAAGUUAGCGCUGGGGGAGUGCCUGCAGAACGCGGGCAUGGAUGCCCAGAGGCUCAACUCUGGAGCUCCGUACGCGCUUAACCAGACGGAUCACCCGGGCCAUCGCCACUCCUGGGUAGAGUCCGUGAGCAACCAGCUGACUCAGCGCAACAGCUCUGCGGAUCUGACCGUCUACAACGGCGAUGUGGACAGCGUUAGCAGCUCGCCGGGCGUUUGCAAGAAGCUCCUGGCACCGGAGUUCAACUUCGAUGCCAUGAAGAGGGCACUGGCUGAGCCAACUGAGGCUGCCAAGCGGGAGCAGCGCGAGCGCCAGAUGCAGAUCGUUCGCACGUUCCGCGAGGGCGAGUUUGAUGAUCUGAUGAGACGCACAGAACCCAAGCACGAUCUCAUCCAGAAUCGCCUGAACGAGCUCUUCAACUCGCUGGCCGUGGAACGUCAGAUCACGCAGAGCGACACCAAGGCCGCUCAGUUGCAAGCUAGCAACGAGAAGCCCAUCUACGAGACGAACUUCCCGGAACUCUUUUACUACUAAACCGUAUUCCUCGAACCGGAAUUCCCAUCCGGCGAAUAUUCCGUACUCAAUUCACGUAUAAAUAGCCCUCAAUGCGAAUUUGUUUGGUGUCUGUAUGAAACUAGUUAAAUUUAAUCAAAUUUUCUGUUGUUAAAUGCAAGCAAUUCAAUUGUUAA